ACAAAACCCUAAUUUUAAUAUCGUCGUGCCCUGACUUAAUCCCAAUUUUUCCGAUAGCGUCGACGCCGAUAGAAAAGAAGAUGAAAGAGACGCGAAAGCUGAAAAAGAGUAAUCCUCACCAAGUGACGGGUAAAGUCAAUGCAGAAGAGACUGAUGGGAAGAGAGUUGGAAAAAAAAUUCAGAGGAAGAAGAAAGUGAAAGUGAGCAAUGUCGACUUAAGCGAGGAUCCUCAGGCUACAGAGCUCCAAGGUGCUCAGACUACAGAGCUCCAAGCUAUUUCAAGUGAGAAACUCAAAACAAAGAAGAAGAAGAAGAUUCAGAAGAGUAAGGAAAUAGAUAGCUCUCCAGCUGAUGGGAAGGUCAGUGGGAAGAUGAAGAAGAGAAAAGAGAAAGAAGGCAAUGUUGAUAUAAGCGAACCAAAUCUGGAAGCUAUUCCAACUGAGAAAGUCAAAGUAAAGAAGGGAAAAUUGAACAAGACAAAGAAGAAAAGGAAGGCCGAGGAAAUAAGUAGCGCUUCAGUCGAAGAUGAUCAUCUGAAAAGAGAAGGCAAGUCUAAGAAAUCGAAGAAGAACAAAAAGAUUGACAUUACCUCUACGAAAGAGAACAAAAUUGAAGAGGAGGAAGAUGUUUAUGAAAUUUCUUCAGGCGAUGAGGAUUGCACAAGGGGAAUGAAAAAGUGGGUUACUGAUUACUAUGAGAGUAGACCUGGUUUAGACGAGCUGCAAAAGAGAAUCGAUGACUUUAUGACUGCUCACGAAGAGCGCCUUGAACAGGAGAAAAAAGAUAGAGAAGCUAAAGCUGCAGAAGGUGGAUGGACUGUGGUCGUGCAUCACAAAGGAAGGAAAAAGACAACCGAAACUGAAACUGGAACAGCCGUUGGAUCUUUCUCGCAGGCUGCGGUGGAGGAUAAGAUUGCUAAGAAGAAACAGAGUGAGCCCGUCGCUCAUGGUUUCUACCGUUUCCAAAGGCGAGAAGCACAACGCAACGAAAUCUUGGCGCUUCAGAGUAAGUUUGAGCAAGACAAGAAGAGAAUACAACAACUUCGAGCUGCUCGUAGGUUUAAGCCUUUCUAAGAAACAAGAAAAAAAGAUAACCCACAUGGAACAACAUGAGUAUUUUUUUUGAAUGUGGGUUUAGCCUCAUGAAACUCAGGAGCAAUAUUAUGAAUGUGUUUUAUGAUCAAAUUUUGUAAUUGACAAUUUCAGGCUGAUAAACAAAAAAGAAAUAUUUUUU